UACGAAGAAGUAUCGCACUUUAAACGCUAGUUUUCAGCCGCCAUCGAACCACAGAAGAAGAAGUGGUCAUUCGCUGGUCACGAGCAACAAGCAGACGGGGCACCGAAGUUGACCAGCUGGUGUGUCGCUCGUUAAAUCCCAACUAGAGAUGGCGACCACCAUCAGAUUUGGAACCACCAGUAGUCCUUGCACCACAGCUGCUGCUGAGCGAGCACAGUUGGCAGAGGAAAUGGAUGGAAAAGGGAACUGUGACCCUGACAAACUUCUGCAGUGCCCCUUUGACAAGAACCACCAGAUCCGGGCCUGCCGCUUCCCUUACCAUCUUAUUAAGUGCAGGAAGAAUCAUCCAAAACUGGCCAGUGAGCUGAAAACUUGCCCUUUCAACGCUCGCCACCUGGUCCCCAAGCACGAGCUGACACACCACACUGAAACCUGCGAGGACAGAAUAUCUGUGGACACUGAGCACGGUCAAAGCACAAAUGGACUCAGGCAGGUCCCAGUCAGCACCUGGGUUAACCCGGACAUGACUGAGGACUGGGACAAAGAGGCUGAUGAUAGCGCUGCUCCGUUUGUGUGGGGUAUAAAUACGGUCUUGAAUCAGAAACCCGAGGCAAGGCCCACCAACCAUCUCAGUCCCAGUUUUAGAACGCCCAAUACCCUCCCAUGGUCGGGUUAUAACCCAUAAUUGGCUCUCAUUGUACAUCCAAAUAGAAGCUUUAUCUGAGCCUGCUGUAUUUUAUUUACUUCUUUUUAAAUGUGUUCUUAAUAGGUGCCGUCCACUUUUUUAAGUUUUAAAUUUGCAACUGUAUCUAAAAUCUCCCCGCCCCCUCAUUUUUAGUCACCUGGCACUGUGUCUUGCAGAGAAUAACAACAGUUAAGUGGCAAAUACACAUGCACCUCUAUUUGUUCUGUAUUAUCUCGCAUUUCCCCGGUCACAACAACAAAUGGCAUCAGUUGAACAUGGCUUGCUUGUUUAUAUUAAAAGUUUUGAAAUAA